GGAGCAAGAGGCGGGCCUUUGGAAAGCUGGAAUGCUCUGGAAGUUUUCCUGCAGACUCUUUUCACAUGUUGAGGAGCGUUCUGUCUGAUUAUGGACAUGUGGCCACUGGUGCUGCUGUUUGUGCAGCUCUGUUUCUGCUCGGGGUAUGAAGGAUCAGGACAGUACGCUUAUGAAGGCGAUGAGGACUGGUAUUCUCGUAGAUAUAAAGGGACCCCGUGGUGUGCGCCUCUGAAGGUCAAGCAUGGUGACAUUGGCUGUCACACCCCCAGAGGAGAGCACUACAAAAAUGUAAUGGGCACACGCUGUAAGAUCCGCUGUAAGAGAGGAUAUGAGGCCCAGAGCUCGGAGGUGGUGUGCAUGGCCAACAAACGCUGGUCUGCAAACUCCGCCUGUCGAGAGAUCCGCUGUCCCAAACUCAAUAUGCCCGUUAACGGCGGCUACAAGUGUUCAGACGGCAGCUACUUCAACUCUCGCUGUGAGUUCUUCUGCUCUCCUGGAUUCACCCUGAAGGGCCACAAAACAGCCAUCUGCCUGCAUAAUAAGGUUUGGAGUGCUGGAGAAAGCACAUGUGUGGAUAUGGAUCCUCCAAAAAUAAAGUGCCCUAGUGUGAAGGAUAAGUGGGCAGAACCUGGGAAACUGACAGCAAGGGUGACUUGGAACACACCAGAGGGUGUGGACACUGCAGAUGGCAUCCUUACAGAUGUUAUACUGAAAGGGAAACCUCCAAAAUCAGACUUCCCAGAGGGACUUCAUAAGUUGUCCUAUACAGUUUUUGACAGAGCAGGCAACAAAGGAAGCUGCCGUUUCACAGUCAGAGUGCGAGUCCGCCGCUGCAGUCCGCUGUUUCCGCCAGACAAUGCCUACAUGAAAUGUGACAGUGACGGAGAUAACUACGGUGCCAUGUGUGAAUUCACGUGCACUGGAGGUUAUGAACUGCAGGGCAGCGCUGCUCGAGUGUGCCAGUCCAGCCUCACCUGGUCCGGCUCUGACACAAACUGUGCACCCAUGAACAUUAAUGUGGGCGUGCGUUCCGCUGCUGCACUUCUGGACCAGUUUUAUGAGAAACGACGGCUCCUCAUCAUCUCAGCUCCUACAGCUGCCAAUCAUAAUUACCGCUUCCAGAUGACUAACCUACAGCAUGCUCAGUGUGGACUGGACCUGAGGCACGUGAGCGUCAUUGAGUUGGUUGGGACAUAUCCAGCGCAGGUUGGCCGUAUUCAACACAGGCUUCUUACCCCAGGCCUGGCUCUGCAGCUCAGGUUAUUGCUGCAGAUUUCUCAAAGGUCGUUUCAGAUGGUGUUGGUGGACAAACAUGGUAUGGACAAGCAGCGCUACCCAUUCCCAAUCACAUCGGCCGAACUAUUCACAACAAUCGACACUUUCCCCCUCCGUAAGGAUGAGAUGGUUCUCCAAGAGCAGGCAGGCCAGACCUGUCAAUCAUAACCCCCCCCCCCCCCCCCCGACCUAUCAGCUCGAAUUCCACUGAGAUCAUUGGGAUCCUCCGUCACACUGGACAGUACCCGCUCAGAUCCACGGUUUCUAUCCCCGUUACACACUUCUACCUGAACUCAUCACUCACUCAGCCUUGUAGGAGAUGCAAGUGCACCUGUGCUAAAAAGGCUGGAAUAUCAGUAACACUCUGAGUCAUUAAGGAAAUGGGCCAUUCAUCCAUCCAUCCAUUUCUUGCAGAGGGCCAGAAUUUGUGUUUUGUCACUUUGUAUAUUAUUAAUAUUAUUUUCGAAGCACAAAUAUGUCUUAAUAUUUUGUACAAAAAAUAUUUAUAGUGUAUGAACUGGAAAACUUCACAUCUUAUAUUUAUGACUCACUUCUGUAAUAAUGAUGUAUUCA